AUGAAACGCGCUCGAACAGAGAAAGGAUCUGUAGCAACCUCCGCUGCUACUACUAAAAAGCCUAAAACUCAGGCAUGCGCAUCAUGCCGCAAACAAAAAACAAGAUGUGAACUGCUCGACACCUCCUCUGAUCCUGUCCAAUGCCAUAGGUGCAAGGUUAUUGGCAUUCAUUGCAGCUAUGAAGAAACCCUUGUGCCGUCAGCUGCAAACGGAAUCCCGAUGGAAGAGCCCCCAAUAGUGUGCACUUGGUCACGAUGGCGCCGACCAAAACCAAAACCAGCCCCAGCUCCUCCGCCAAAAGACCGUCUUUGGGACUUUGUCAGUCAAGACCGCAGCCAGGCUGACUGGUCAGCGCCAAUGCUUAUGAUGCAUCAUCUCACCAACACGACGCAGUCAGACGAAGCGCGAAUUUCCCUAAAAUCACCUUUACCUCUCGAUGCCAUCCUAUCAACGGCGCAAACAGACCAAUUACUUACAAUUUUUUCCGAAAAGCUCUCGCCUUGGCUCAACUUCAAGCUCAUGCGUCAAGCCAACAGCGCCCUUCUGGAUGCUAUAUGCUGUGCUGUCGCUCUCAGAUUUGUCAAGGACAUCCCGGCUUUCACACAAUCGCAAUUGCUUGCUCUCAUUGAAGCCUCAAUCCUGGAAAUCAUCAGUGGCUCUCGUAGAUCGGCUUCCAUUGAAGCCGUUCAAGUUCUUCUCAUUUCAUCACUGUGGGAGCCAUUUUCUUUGCAACCCAAUGCAAGCGGGUCAGAGAGGCGAGAUUGCAGGGUGCUCAUCGCUUCGGCGGUUAGCAUGGCCAUGAAUAUGCGGUUGAAUCAAGCUUCAGCGAAAGCCAACAAAUUGCACAAGGCGCGCCAAAUGUCUGGAGGGAAGUUAUCGGCUGGAGAUUUUGCUGUCUUGGAGGAGGCGUCGGAACAAGCGCGUCUUUGGAUAUCGAUCGUCAAUGCUGAGUCUAUGCUUUGCAUUGGAACUGGUCGCAUUCCUUUGUCACGAAGAUCUGCAGACGACAAUAUAUUCGUCCAGCUGCCUGAAUCAUUUUCUGGGAUCAUCAACUAUGGCGAUAUGCGGCUGGGCAUUGUUGCUAUGCAGUCUUCAGUAGCAGAGAAGGGUGUCAGCUCCCGCAUAGACUCCUCUAGAGAAGCAGAUGAUUGGUACGACACCAUCUUCAACAUCUUGGAAAAUCUAAAACGUGGUCGUCGCUUUCUACUUCCCUUGCCGGUUGUGCUGGACCACCAGCAGUCCUAUUUCCACGCCCUCCACAUCUACGACGGAAUCUGCCGCCUGCUCGUACUAUAUCACGGUUUCUGGGAGGCGCGAACAUCCGUGGGACACAUACCCGUUGGAGAUUCGUGGCACGACCACUUUCGACCGCGCGGUAUCAACGUCGUCGCUGACUGGGGCCGCGACAUGAUCCAAACAUCCGAAGCAGUCUUGGUCUAUGUUCUCCAAACCGAUGUGGAGACGCUCAGGACUUUACCGGACAACUACUUUGUCAUGGUCGUACUCGCUGCGGGGUACAUCAUCGGCGUCAAGUUCCUCGUCGACAGUCCGUCUGGGGGAUGCGGCCGAUUGCUAGGUGCAAGCGAUCUCCUUCUCAAGAAGGCGACACGACAUCUGGAGAGCAUAGCGCCUGAAGGAGAGGACCAUGUGGCGCGGCGAUGCGCUACUGUGUUGGACCGGAUGAUGUUGCAAUCCGAGAAUCGUCUCCCAGUGGGCCAGAACACUAGCAAUGCGAACCAAGACGACUAUACCCUCGCCGCAUCAUCGUCAAGCUUCUCUGUGGAGGACUUACAGUAUCCCCCAAAUGAUGCUUUCUCUGACCCGGUACUUCCGUCAGACAUGGAGUUCGGUCUCUUCCUCGAAACCGCCCUUUCCUUGGAUGCACGGCUUUGGAACGACCUCCAAGAGAGUCAAGGACUCAGUAGCGGGUAUCUUGACAAAUAG